UCAACAUUGAUGUCAUAUGCAAUAUGUCUGCUGUCAGAUCAUCAUUUGACUUAACCUUGAUUCUCGUUUGUUUUUAUGUUUACGUUUAGCGGAUAAAACUAUCUCUCUGGCAAAACACACAGAGAUAUCCGUACAUUACAAUCGCGAGCUGUAGUAGCUGCAAUACAGAACACAUCAUUCUGCAUACCCAGAGGCAGCAGUAUUAGUAAUUUCACUCGGUGCGCUGUAAAUUUCUCGCGUUGACCUACAUUCUUUCCAUCGGGAGGAGAGAAAUUUCGCGGAAGUGAGAAUCAUUCGACAUCGAGAUGGCCAGCAACCAAGAGAUCUACAAGAAGCAGAAGACUUGUCUGCAGGUCGCCACCAACGUCACCGAGCAGAAGCACCAUGUGUCUAGAGCGAAGAGAGGCCAGAUCCUUGGUCACAAGAGGGGCUUCAGAGGCUGCACUGUCUGGUUCACAGGACUCUCGGGUGCAGGUAAAACGUCCAUUGCAUUCCAGCUGGAGGAGUACCUGGUUGCACAAGGGAUUCCUGCAUACGGCUUGGAUGGUGACAACAUGCGCACAGGUUUGAACAAGGACCUGGGAUUCACCAAGCAGGACAGGGAGGAGAACAUCAGGAGAGUGGCUGAGGUUGCCAAACUCUUUGCUGAUGCUGGCCAGGUCUGUCUGUGCAGUUUUGUGUCACCAUUUUCUGAGGACAGGGAUGUAGCUAGGAGAAUCCACAGGGAAUCCGAUCUGCCUUUCUUUGAGGUCUUCAUAGAUACUCCUUUAAAGGUGUGCGAGAAGAGGGAUACCAAGGGUUUGUAUCAUAAGGCCAGGCAAGGUAUGAUCAAAGGUUUCACCGGCAUUGAUCAGCCAUAUGAGAAGCCUGAAAAUCCAGAGUUGGUGGUGAAAACUGUUGAUUCAACUGUGCAUGAAUCUACAAUGCAAGUGGUUGAGUUGCUUGAGGAGAAUGGAGUUAUCCCAAAGAUCACCAAUGUCAAGGAGUUGGUUCAAGAGUUGUUCAUUCCCAUGGAUAGACUAUCUGCUGCCCAGGAAGAAGCACUUACUUUACCAAAAUUGAAUAUUAAUUUAAUCGAUUUACAAUGGAUACAGGUGUUGAGUGAAGGCUGGGCUUAUCCUUUGAAGGGUUUCAUGAGGGAAGAACAGUAUUUGCAAACGCAACAUUUCAAUUGCCAAUUCAAUAACGGCAACAGCGUUAACCAGAGUGUGCCGAUUGUGCUGCCUCUCUCCACCGAAGAUAAGUUAAGGAUGGAGGAGUCUUCGGCUAUCUCUCUGUGGCAUUCGAACGUUUGCGUGGCGAUUCUGCGUAAACCCGAGUUCUUCUUCCAUCGCAAAGAAGAGCGAUGCGCAAGGCAAUUUGGUACAACCAACAAGGAUCAUCCGUACAUCAAAAAGAUUUAUGAGUCUGGCGAUUGGUUGGUGGGCGGAGAUCUGGAGGUGUUCCAGAGGAUUCGAUGGGGCGACGGAUUAGAUCAGUACCGGUUGACGCCCAACGAGCUUAGAGCCAGAUUCAAACACAUGAAAGCUGACGCUGUAUUCGCGUUCCAACUGAGGAAUCCCAUUCACAAUGGACACGCUCUUCUCAUGUCGGAUACCAGGAAGCAGUUGAGGGACAGAGGAUUCGAAAGGCCCGUUCUUCUGCUUCAUCCGUUGGGUGGCUGGGUUAAAGACGACGAUGUACCUCUGCACACCAGGAUGCUACAACAUCAAGCUGUUAUGGAUGACGGUCUUCUGGAAGCAGAAUCCACGGUUCUUGCAAUCUUCCCCAGUCCAAUGAUGUAUGCUGGACCAACGGAGGUGCAAUGGCACGCAAAGGCUCGCAUGAAUGCCGGUGCCAACUUCUACAUAGUAGGUAGAGAUCCAGCUGGCGUGCCUCAUCCAUUAGGCAAAGAAGCAAGUCCUGAUGGUAACCUGUACGAAGGCACGCAUGGUGGAAGAGUGCUUAAAAUGGCUCCAGGUUUGAAUACUUUGGAGAUCAUUCCAUUCCGAGUGGCCGCGUACGAUGUGAAGAACAAGAAGAUGGCAUUCUUCGAUCCGAGCAGAAAGGAAGAUUUCGAUUUUAUUUCCGGUACACGCAUGAGAGGUUUGGCCAGGUCAGGGGAAUCACCUCCGGACGGUUUCAUGGCUCCUAAAGCCUGGAACGUCCUCUCAAACUACUACAUGUCUUUAAACAAAUGUUAAACCAAAGAGAUUCAAGCACGUGAAUCAAAAAUGCAUUUACGCAAGUUAAAACAUAUGAUUAAAUUAUAUCUCAGGUGGCACUCCUAAGCUGCACAUUCAAAAAAUUAGUGAUGAAGAAAAUCACGUUAAAUUGCUUUUCAGACUAGGUAUUAUUACUUCUACUUAUUCCCCUGUAGUUAAGCAGAAACAAAAUUAUAUAUAUUUAAGUUAUAAGUGUUACAUAUUGUAUAAUCAAAAUAACUAGAAACAUGCACUGAAGUGCAGAAGAUAUUUUAAACAAUAUAUUCAAAAAUUAUUUUAUUUUUUUAUAUUAUAUUCACAUUAAUACGGACUUGUUGUUACACAUUAUAUAAAAUUUAUUAUGUUAAUUGUAUAUGUUAUAUUUUAUCAAGAAUAUAGUAACCAGAAAAAUAUCAA